AUGCGGCGAACAAGUCAAUUGGCUGUGGUUUUUCAAUUUAUUCUCUCCCUUGCUGGAUCCAUCGCCGAAGAUAUACAUGUGUAUGUGACCGAAGAAGCUCGACAAGGUACUGUGAUCGCCUCGGGCAAUGCACUGGGUUCAAUUCAGCUAUAUUCGGGAUCAAUUCCUCCGCGUAUUUUAAACCGGAAAGAUCCUGGUGUGACCAGUCUGGUAUUCAGACAGGCUCCACUCACAUCAACUACAGAUGCAUCCCAUGGAUCGAGUUGGCAACUGGUCGUCAGUGGACGUUUAGAUCGAGAGACAAUCUGUCCUAACACGGCUGACAGUGGUGUUGGCUUGGAUUCAUCUUCGGAAUACAGUAAAACAGACUUUUUCAUUGACACCAGUCCAACAACUAGUAGCAAUAUCGGCUUGAUUCAUUCCACUGUAGGCAAAAACGGGCUGAGUGAAACCAACUGUGUUAUUGUUCUACGUGUAACCACCGAUCAGGAGGGCACUCAAAGAAUUCAUCCUGUCCAUGUACAUCUACAAGACAUCAACGACAAUGCACCUAAAUGGUCGCAGACAUCCACUGUAGUUUGGUUCCGGGAUGGUGAUCCAGCCGGGACAAAGCGUCCUAUUCCCCUUGCUGCUGACCCUGAUCUAGGUCUUAACGCUGUGAUUACUUACAGAAUUCAGGAUAUGCAUAUGUCCGGAUCAGUGCCGGUCGAGUCAGGUUAUAGCUCCGGGCAUGGACGUCAUAGUUCCAAUCAACUCAGAGCCACCGACAUGUUUGAGCUGACUAAGGAAUCGGCCGAGAAUGGACUAACAGGUAGUAGACUCUCGUUACGCGCCAAAAGAGAUAUCGAUCGUGAAGUGAAUCCCCAAGGAUGGGAUUUACAAAUCAUUGCUUCAAACACGGAGGGACCUCAUAUGCUAAGUAGUCAACUUCUUGUGCAUGUGAACAUCACUGAUGUGAACGACAACGCUCCUCAGUUCUCACGUCUCGAAUACGAGCCCCAACUGAAUAAUCAAAAAGUCGGUGUUGUACCUGAGAAUGUCCCGGUCGGCCAGGUCUUGGUUCAGUUACACGCGACAGAUGCGGACGAUGGUAUUAAUGCUCAAAUCCACUAUGGAUUCGCUCCAUCUCCUAUGCUCAGUUUGCUACGACAUUUCUUUGAAAUCACCCCGACUGGAGAGUUGAGAGUUCGACAGCAGUUAGAUGUUGAUCACAAAAGUAAAACCGCAUCUGUUUCAAGCGAAGACCAGAAAUUUGUACUGCCCACAAAGUUGAUUUCGUUUCAGGUUCAAGCAGUCGAUGGUGCUGAGACUGCUUACGCAAAAACGGGCACGGCAACAGUAAAACUGCGAGUGGAAGAUGUCGACGACGAAGCUCCGGAAAUCCGUGUUCAUCCAGUUCACGUUUGGCAGGUAAACGGUGAAGAGUCAGAAUUCGGACAAGGUGAAGUAGAAGUGGCGGUGACUGAAAACGAUCCUGCAGGGCAACUGAUCGCCUUAGUUGAAGUAAGCGAUCCAGAUUAUCGAGGCUCAGAAAUGGUGAGAUGCAGUUUGGUCGGUCCGCGAGCAAAUCUAUUUCGUUUGUCUCAGCAGGAUGUCACUAGUAAUGAGUACCGACUCUAUACAAACAGUCGGUUAGAUCGUGAGAUGAACGCCAAAAUCAAGGUCAAUAUUGAGUGUCGUGACUUGGCUGAUCAUGUGACCAAUCAGGUUGUUGGAGUUAAUGUGCUUGACAUUAACGAUCACGCUCCUAUAUUUGCUGAAAGUGUGUACAGAUAUACUGUAUUGGAAGAUGAUGGCGAAAUGGAAACCAGCGGCUCUGGGACCACCACAACUAACAAUAACAACAAUAACAUCCAAGGUCGACCUGCUGGGGAACCAGCUCGUACGGGAUCUUGUGUGGUUCACGUAACUGUGGCUGACGUCAAUGAUAAUCCACCCCUAGUUUCACCUCAAGUCAGCUCCACAGGGGGUUACGUAUUCUCGAUCGGAGAAAAUCAACUACCGGGGACACGAGUGGGACAAAUAGAAGCAUACGAUCCAGAUACGAUGCCUGCUGCCACAGAGGUAUUGGAUGCGUCACACAUGACCAUGGGACAGAAUGUCAGCCGAAGUGCCAGUCUGGAUUUGGGCAGUUCGAACAAGCUGGUGUUCGGAUUGAAGAAUGAAAAUGACGCGCAUGCGUUUUGGAUUGAUCCAAAGUCCGGUGUAUUAAUCACACGGAAAGAGUCGUCUGAGUAUUGGGUGUUCUUUGCCGAGUCCAGUCUACUGUUAUACCAAUCCCAUCUUCAAAUAUGGAAUUAA